AAUUAAUGUAUCGUAAUAUAUUAUUUAAAACAAACAUGCAAGUUGAAAAGAACUCGAAGCAAUAUGUCUGCUCCCACGCAGGUUGCAACAAAGAGUACAGCACUAAAUUUGCCUUGAAGAGACACAUGAUCACCCACUCUGGCAAGAGAAAGUUUGCUUGACGUUUUUGUAACAAAAAGUUUGCUCUUGAGCAGUAUAAAUAAGGAGCAUGAGUAUAUCCAUACUAACGAAACUCCUUAUAUCUGUGGAAUAGACGGAUGCACUGAAGCUUUCAGACAGAGAGCUAAGCUAUGACUACACAGAGCUAGUCAUAAGAGCUACCAGAAGAAGAGCUAUAAGGUGUACUCAAGAAAGAAUACAGUCAGGAAGUCUAAGAAGAUUAGUGAGAAACAGUCAGUUUCAGCUCCUGAAAUCUUUACUGGUGCUCAGUCUUUUCAAGAUAGUGAGCCCCAAAUUUUUGAUCAGACAACUCAAGAGAUGUUCAACUCUCUACUAUAUGGCUAUGAUUAUACUACAAGCUUGCUGAUGACUCUUUCAUCCAAAUAUUGCCUUUGUGAGAUGCUUGCUGGAUGUCAAGAAACUUAUCCUACCGGAUUUUACGACUCCAGUUUUUCUCCGGUUGAGUCACAAUCGAUGAUGGAAAGAGCCAGACAAGGUCUUAGUACAUUAGAAAUUCCAAAAGGAUCCUUCUGCAAACCAGAUGAUCAAAUGACUCCCACCACAAUGCUGGGGUCACCCAAUACAUUAAAUAUGCUAGACAAUAAAUCCUGGCAGGAAUAUAGUCGGAAGAUAUAAGGCCAGGUCUGACUAGCGAUAUCCUCCUCUAGUAGGAGUCCAAUAAACAUUAAUACACUAACAUUAUU